AUGACAAGUUCAGCUGAUGUUAAUGAUCUCAUUGUGGAUAUCUUCCAGGCAUCUAUUGUUGCGGGAUCUACUAAAUUCUUCCUUAAGGAAUUAUCUGAUGAACUGAAGCAAGAUAAUAUUUGUGUACUUUCGUUUUCCCAUGUAGAAAGAAUACUUAUCGAGUAUUUAUCUUCCAACUGUAAUUGCCAAUCUCUGCUGUAUUUAUAUAGCUGUUUUGAAAGAGUCAGUGGUAAAAAGCUACCUGAAGUGGAGAAUUUAAUCUUCAGAUAUGGAUCCCUGGUGUUGGAAAAUCCAACGUUAUUUAAUGACAUCCCAUUGAAUACCAUGAGUGCGAUGCAAUUACCUUUGAUGGCUGUCUUUAUAGAUAAGGUUGUCAAGGCCACCGAAGAGAAAGAUAGGGAUGCUCUUUUCGCUACAAUGGUUAGGAGUUGGAUUGUUUCAGGCUUUUUCGAACUUGGAACUUCCCUUACCGGCAAAAAGAUGGCAAAGCUAUUUGAGUUUGCAUCAAAGCUGAUUAAUUGCUUUAACAAGCCUCUAUUUUUUGCCAAUUUUGUCUUGCCAGAAAGUGCAGCGAUCGAUGAAAAAAACGUCUAUCUUCUUGAGCGUGAUAGGUUUUUCCUUGCAACAAUGCUAUCCAGAGGUCCGCUAAACGGAAACUUGGUUAGGCUGUCCCAAACGGAGACACCCGACCCGUUGGAAUAUAAAAAUUAUAUCGAUCGAAUCCAUUUUUUUGUAAAAGGGCUUCUUUCAGACCCUGGCCAUAGGCCCGCGAUUCUUUCUUAUUUUACAAGCUUGUUAUUAGCUAACCACAACAAGUCAAAGCUGCAGUACGACAUAAAUUUGAUUAGCGCUAUCAACAGCAAAUUUAUUUCGCAAGAGCUUUCCAAUGAAGGAAAGAUCGCCACAAGUUCUCCCUUGGAUUCUUUUUCAUUCAUAAACACCUCUUUUUUGAUUACUUUAAGAAGCAUCAGGUUGGGGGUCAUUCCUUUAAUAAGAUACUUUGAGCUCUUAUCAAAGGCCAAUUCGGAUCUUGAUCCGGCUCAGAGGACCGAAAAUGCAGGCCAAAGGUUGAAACAAGCCCAAUCAUCGGCCAUAUUUUACCUUUCAAAUAGAGAAUGCUUUUUGGAACCUCUUGGUCAGUUUUAUAAAUUUUCUGUGCAGUGGUUUGCAUUCGCCAUUUCAAAGAAAAAACAAGACUCGGCUGAUGAUGAAGCCUCUAUUUCCGCCACUUCAAGGGCGAUAUUUCUUGAGGAUUUGCUUGAAAUUCUUGUUUGGAUUUCAGGAACUUCUGCUGCAUCGCUUGAAAAUCAGCAUGCCGCAUGGACAAUGACCCUGCUAAAUACGUUUCGCCCCUUGCUUCUAGAAGAGUCCUUUGGUUCUCUCAUCAUUACUUGUUUAGAGGGGAAGGUUAUAUCCAAUCCUCAUUUGAUAUCAAAAUGGAUUGAGUUUCUUUAUUGGUCUUUUGAAGCCAUGGAAAAUGACAUUGGCAGUUUUAUUUACGGGGCGUUCAAGGAUCUUCGCCAAUUCAUGAUUUCUUUGAUUCGAUUCUGGACAGAAAUUGAAACUAAAGCAGGAAGGGAGAGUGCAGCAUUCUUUUAUGAGCGAUUCUCAAUAAGGUACCAAAGAAGGCCUUUUUUGAUAGAUACCGCCUGA